AUGCGUUUCUCCUCCGUCGCCACCGCCCUUGCCCUUCUCUCCAAAGCUGUUGCCCACCCCGGUCACGACCUCGCCGAGGAAAUUGCUGAGCGCCGCGCUUUCUUGAGCACUGUCAAGCCUUCCAACCUCGGCCACUGCGCCAACAAGCUCACAGCCCGUGGCUUCACGGCUCGCAAUAUCGCUCGCCGCACCUUCCAGGUCAAGCAGGCUCGCCAGAAGCGUAACAUCAAGAAGCGUGACUCCGCCGGCGUUCUUCCUACAAGCCACAACGCGACAAACCUCGGCUACACCCUCAACACCAAGGCUGCCACCCUGUUCUCCGGCAGCAAGUCCUGCAUCUUAACCCCCGAGGUGACUCAGGGCCCUUACUACGUCUCUGGCGAGUACGUACGCCGCAACCUCAUCGACGACCAAGAGGGCAUAGAUAUCACCCUAGACUACCAAGUCGUUGACGUCGAGACCUGCGAGCCUGUGCCGAAGGUCUAUCUCGAGAUGUGGCACUGCAACGCCACCGGCGUCUACAGCGGCAUCGUCGUCUCGGGUAACGGUGACUCCUCCGACGAGAGCAACAUCGACAACACGUUUCUCCGUGGCAUCCAGCUCACCGACGAUGACGGUGUCGUCCAGUUCGAGUCCAUCUUCCCUGGCCAUUACACCUCCCGCACCACCCACAUCCACUUGCUCGUCCACACUAACGCCACAAUCUCCGCCAACAACACCCUCGGCAGCGUGAACACUGCUAGCCACGUCGGUCAGGCCUUCUUCGACGAGGAACUCAUCUCUGCUGUCGAAGGAUUUGCCCCUUACAACACCAACACCCAGCAGCUCACCACCAACGCCAAUGGUGGCAUCUUCGGCGAGGAGACUGCCACCAACGGAGUUGAUCCGCUGAUGGAGUAUACCCUGCUCGGCGACAGCAUCACCGACGGUCUCUUUGCUUGGAUGGCGUUUGGUAUCAACACCACGCUGUUCAGCAGCGUCACCCCCGCCGCUUUCUACUAUGCCGGGGGCGGUGUUGUCAACUCCAACUCUGGCGGCGGCGGUGGCAGCGGCGCUCCCCCCAACGGCCCCGCUACCGGUGCCGCCUCCUCUCGAGUCGCCGACACCAGUGCUGCCCCCACAGUCGAUGCCUCUUGUUGA